GCAUAAGCAGCACGCUGACAAGACGAAGAUGAGACACGCGGUGUCAGUCCUCGCGGCGUCCACGGCGGUCGCUACCGCCUUCAACCUCAACCUCGGCUUCACACCCAACAGAGCGAGAGUCGUCACAACUAGCCACAACCAUGCUACUGCCGCGACCGGAAGAACCAUGCGCGCACGUCGAUCGGGGUCUCGGAUAUCGCCGUGCUUCUCCAACAGCGUGUGCGGAAGCAGCAGUAGCAGUGGCACUUUCGCAGGCGGCAGGAGGUCGGCGCGAGGAGCACCACGAUCAUCGCGAUCGGGACCGUUCAUGUACGGCUCCAACCCUGCGCUGAGAGACAGCAGAGCCGGGGUGGCUGGGGUGGGGACUCAACGCCAGCUUCGCGAGGCAUCACGCUCGGGAAUAGCAACAUCAGCAGCGUCGCCGUUCGGCGGGGCCUCAACUGAGGGGGGGCGNNGACGAAGGGCGGGGGGGGGGGUUGCGAUGCAGGCGUACCGGUACCUGAACACGUACCACGACGGGAUUAGCGACGAGGACAGGGAUUGGAACAAGUUCGAGGAGAAGGAUUACGUGGAGCUUGGGACUAGCGGGCUCAUGGUUUCUAGGAUUGGGUAUGGUGGGAUGAUGGUCGGAGGCCAGAUGAGCGAGGAGCAAACGCACGAAACGCUCAACCACGCUUUUGACGUGGCCGGUAUGAACUGGUUGGACACGUCCGAGAGCUUCCCGCACCCUAUUAUUCCGGAGCACGCGCACAAGGCUGACCCGAUCAUUGGCUCCUGGCUUAAGGGGCGAGAUAGGUCUAAGGUUAUCCUCUGCACCAAGGUGGCGGGGCGGCACGAGCAGCUGACUUGGCUUCGCAAGGACGGUACCUUCCCCAAGCUCACCCGCGACCACGUGAUGGAGAGCGUGCACGGCAGCCUGGAGAGGAUGGGCACGGACUACAUCGACGUCCUAUCUUUCGGAGACUGGCCAGAAAGACAAACACAGCACCCCGGAAACUACUUUUGGAAAAAAUCGGACGAGCACCAGACGUACAUGGACUUUGAGGAGCAGCUCAUGAUCGUUCAGGAACUCAAGGAGCAGGGACUGGUGCGUCACGUGGCCACGGCGGGCGACACGGCGUUCGGCGUUACUCGGUACUGCGAGCACGCGAUCUGGGACGAGCUGCCGAAGAUCGCCUUCUGCACCCAGGAGUACAACCUCUUCACGCAGAACAAGGUCGAGUUCGACCUUGUGGAGGCGUGCACCCCGAGGCAGGAGAACGUGGCUAUCGUGGCUACUCAGACCUUGGGCGGGGGUGUCUUCAGCGGCAAGUACCUGUACGAGCGCAACCAGUGGGACAGGAAAACGGGGCUCCGUCUGAACGACUACCCCGGCUUCCAGGGGCGGUACAAUUCCCCGAGGAUGCGCAGCCAGCUCGAGGUCUACCAGAAGAUCGCGAGCAAGUACGACCUGUCGGUGCACCAGCUAGCCACGGCCUUCGUCCACAACAAGCCGUUCAUCACGGCCGCCCUGGUCGGCGCGACGAACAAGUACCAGAUCGACCAGAACAUCGCCGCCCUCGACACCGUCCUCCCAGAAGAGUGCUGCAGGGACAUCAUCGCGGUGCAAGACGCCGACAUCGAGCCCAUGCUGGGGCCUUCCGAAGUGGAGCCCAUGCUGACGGCCUACCAGGACAACCUGGGCCGGGAGUUCGCCAACGUGGACGACGACAACACCAACUUCUGGGGCAGGAUCGACGGCGACUACGAGGGGCCGUGAGACCGUUUCUGUCGCCAGCUGCGGCAACGGCGGCGGCGGCGGCGGUGGUGUACCACUCUUUGUUUAGCACCCGUUGGCGCGUGCGGUUUCUAACCCCCCGAGCGCGCAGAACGACACGGACGGUGCACGUGGUGUUGUUGAAUCGUCAAUUCAAUACGGGAACAAACGUGGGUGCAGGUUGGGCGUUGGUUGUAUUAUUCGUCGUCUUGACGCUUGGACACGUGAAACUAGCUAGCGGGUUCGGUGUGUGCGUCAACGGGGGCGCGCACCGAAUUUCGGUCUAGCACAGCAGGAAAUGAUGAAGUGCGAUGGACGACCGCUGUUUUUUCGGCAUCGAUCGGUCGGCUACAAUGCAUGCUCAACACGAGGAAUACGAACGAUGACUGCAGGCAACACCGUAGCGUUCUUCCUUGUUACAGGACAGUCGUACGGCAGUAACGUCCACCUAUCUUUCGAGCGCCUGGCUCUUGGAAGCGCCGAGAAGGACGUCGUCCACACACGCCGAGACGUUAAUGUCCAAAUAUGUGCAUUGAAGGAUGGAGCUAUUAGUGUUCUUCUCCCGAGAAAAAAAUUGGAAGUGAGCGUUGUUCAGGGCGCGUUUGUCAUCCUCCGAGUCUUGGGAGGCGGCAACAGGAGCGCGCCAGUUAGCUC